AUGGCUGCCCAUUAUGAGGUUACUAUAAAAACGUCUCGUAACCAAAAUCCCUCACUCACUCACUCGAAUAGAAAAACCCUAGGUCAGGUAGCUCCCUCUCCCUCUCUCGCAAUGGCCGCACGACCUCUUGUCACCGUGCAAUCCCUCGAGGGCGACAUGGCCACCGACGCCCCCGCCACUCUCCCCAUCCCCGAUGUCAUGAGGGCCCCCAUCCGUCCCGACAUCGUCAACUUCGUCCACUCCAACAUCUCCAAAAACAGCCGCCAGCCCUACGCCGUCUCCCGCCGCGCCGGCCACCAGACCUCCGCCGAGUCCUGGGGAACCGGCCGCGCCGUCUCCCGUAUCCCCCGCGUCCCCGGCGGCGGCACCCACCGCGCCGGCCAGGGAGCCUUCGGCAACAUGUGCCGCGGCGGCCGCAUGUUCGCCCCCACCAAGAUCUGGCGCCGCUGGCACCGCAAGAUCAACGUCAACCAGAAGCGCUACGCCGUGGUCUCCGCCAUCUCCGCCUCCGCCAUCCCCUCUAUCGUCUUCGCCCGCGGCCACCACAUUGAGUCCGUCCCUGAGCUCCCCCUCGUCGUGAGCGAUUCCGUCGAAGGUGUCGAGAAAACGAAGGAGGCCAUCAAAGUCCUGAAGCAGAUCGGAGCCUACCCUGACGCGGAGAAGGCCAAGUUGAGCCACGGCAUUCGCCCCGGCAAGGGAAAGAUGCGUAACCGCCGCUACAUUUCCCGUAAGGGCCCUCUUAUCAUUUACGGAACGGAAGGUGCUAAGGUCGUUAAGGCCUUCCGCAAUGUUCCCGGCGUUGAAGUGGCUAACGUGGAGAGGCUUAACCUUCUGAAGCUGGCUCCUGGUGGGCACCUCGGGAGGUUUGUGAUCUGGACCAAGUCUGCUUUUGAGAAGCUGGACUCUAUCUAUGGGACCUUCGACAAGCCCUCUCACAAGAAGAAGGGCUACGUGCUACCCAGGCCCAAGAUGCUGAACGCCGACCUCGCUAGGAUUAUUAACUCCGAUGAGGUUCAGUCUGUCGUCAGGCCCAUUAAGAAGGACCUGAAGCGGGCCACUCUUAAGAAGAAUCCUCUUAAGAACCUCAAUGUUAUGCUUAAGCUCAAUCCCUAUGCCAAGACUGCUAAGAGGAUGUCUCUGCUCGCUGAGGCCCAGAGGGUUAAGGCCAAGAAGGAGAAGCUCGACAAGAAGAGGAAGCUGUCUAAGGAGGAAGCUUCGGCCAUCCAAGCUGCUGGAAAAGCAUGGUAUCACACUAUGGUGUCAGAUUCUGAUUAUACAGAAUUUGACAACUUCUCAAAGUGGUUGGGUGUUUCACAGUAAACUUUAUGAUUUAUAUUUUUGUUUUAGAUUUAUAUUUUGUAUGCUUAUUUGAACGAGAUAUCUUUGGGAUUUUUGUUUUGCGGGUUAAGGUUUUCAUAAUUAUGCAGACAAUGUGGAAGUUUUGUUUGUCGAAUUUUACUGCAAUUUCAGGUUGUCUUAAAUUUAUUAGUUUUAGUUCGUAUUGUGGUUUA